GUCGAAGCUCACUUGAUUAUUCACAACUCCAAAUACCUUUCGCAACACAACAACGACUAUUCUCUGUCCUUCUCACUGAUUAUUCUCCUUACCUCCACAAACCGCAGGCAGCCAUGUCUACGUUAGAGGAUCUUGAUGAUCUUGAGCGUGAGCAGAAGGAAGACAAGAAGGAUGGCGAUAAAGACAAGAAACCAACUGAUCAAAAUGGUGAUGCUGAGAUGAAGGAUGCUGAGCCAGAGGAGAAGGAAGAGGACCCCAUAGAUGAAGAGAUUUACAAUCUCAGUACACAAGAAAUUUCGACGAGAAAACGGUUGUUGGAGAACGAUUCCCGGAUCAUGAAGAGCGAAUAUCAGCGGUUAUCUCACGAGAAAGCUACGAUGGGCGAGAAGAUCAAGGACAACUUGGACAAGAUCGAGAAUAACAGGCAAUUACCAUAUCUCGUUGGAAACGUGGUUGAGCUCUUGGAUCUCGACCCAACCGCAGAAUCUCAGGAAGAAGGAUCCAACAUCGACCUCGAUGCGACACGCGUCGGGAAAUCUGCUGUCAUCAAGACCUCUACCCGACAAACCAUCUUCCUUCCUCUCAUUGGGCUCGUUGAUCCAGAGCAGCUGAAACCAGGAGAUCUGAUCGGUGUAAACAAAGACUCAUAUCUGGUUCUAGACACAUUACCAGCCGAGUAUGAUAGCAGAGUAAAGGCUAUGGAGGUUGAUGAGAAGCCAACCGAGAAGUAUACCGAUGUAGGAGGACUGGACAAACAGAUCGAAGAAUUGGUUGAGGCAAUUGUAUGGCCAAUGAAGGAGGCUGAGCGAUUCAAGAAGAUUGGCAUCAAGGCUCCAAAAGGCGCCUUGAUGUAUGGACCACCUGGUACUGGGAAAACCCUCCUUGCCCGAGCCUGCGCAGCUCAAACAGAUGCCACAUUCCUCAAACUCGCCGGACCACAGCUAGUACAAAUGUUCAUUGGUGAUGGUGCGAAGUUGGUUCGAGAUUGUUUUGCUUUAGCGAAGGAGAAAGCUCCCGCGAUCAUUUUCAUCGAUGAGCUGGAUGCUGUUGGUACCAAGCGUUUUGACAGUGAGAAGAGUGGGGACAGAGAAGUGCAGAGAACCAUGUUGGAGCUUCUCAAUCAACUCGAUGGUUUUGCAUCCGAUGAUCGCAUCAAGGUUCUUGCAGCUACAAACAGAGUCGACGUUCUUGAUCCCGCUUUACUUCGUUCUGGACGUCUUGACAGAAAGAUUGAGUUCCCACUACCAAAUGAAGAGGCACGAGCACAGAUUCUCAAGAUUCACAGCAGAAAGAUGACAGUCGAUGGUGGGGUCAAUUGGCCUGAGUUGGCACGAAGUACAGAUGAAUUUGGCGGUGCGCAGCUGAAGGCAGUUUGUGUGGAAGCAGGCAUGAUUGCUCUAAGGAUGGGCAAGAACAAGAUCAGCCACGAGCACUAUGUGGAUGCCAUUGCGGAGGUUCAAGCAAAGAAGAAGGGUAAGUUCGGCCGUGACUCGGAAGCUCUGGCGCUUUGGCUAAUCCGUUGUAGAUACCGUCAACUUCUAUGCUUAGUGGGCUGCUUGGUAUUGGUUUGUACGAGGGGAGUUUGGUAUGGCAUGGUUUACAUACUAGGCCCUGUAAUCAUAGACACAUCAUGGAUGACUUUCUUUCCACAUGAUCAAGUUUCCGUAGAUAAAUGGAAAUUGGAAAUGAUGAGCUUCCAUACACCUGUUUUAUAAUGUUUCUGGACUCCGACUCUAUGUCGCGGAUCAGCAGGUACUUAUCGCCUGAACGAACUGUCAUUCAUUUGCUUUCAUGAGCGAUUCUUGCAUUGCAGAGUCCAGAAAACGAACUUGGCUUGUCAUAAUGCCUGCUAGUGAUAGAGAUUCUCGGUUCUCACGAGCUUUCACGCAAUUCCUACAAAGUCAAUUUGAGCAUUUGUUGUCCCAGCUUAUGGGGCCAAAAAGCUGUAAAGCACAGAUCCGGCUUUAGAAGUUGAGCACGAACAUACCCGUUUUGGGCAAUUCUACUGGCAUGAAAUCAAUUCGAUGUUUUCGGCCUCUUGUGGCAGAAUCAAUGUCAAAUGUAAGGUCAUGCUUGGAAAUAAACACCAGUAUGCCUACGUCAGAUCGAUGGCACGUUUAACAUCUCAAAAACCAUGAAUCGUGUGAAAAGUUGACACAAAAUAUGCCAUUCAGUUGAGACUUCAAGAUCGACCCUAAAUAGUUGCAAGGGUAGAAGUAAAGUCCAGACGGUGGAGUUGAGAUCAGAGGAGAUUGAAAUGGAAAGGCAGAUGCACGGCCUCAGGCAACAGGGCAUUUACAUCUUCUUGGCAGCGCUGCGAUGCGGACUCUCAACCUCGAUUUCCCGAACACUUUU